AUGGUGCUGCCUCUUAUUAUCGGUGUGGGAGUCACGCUUGCCGCCUUGACGGCCAAGUCGGCCCUUUCCGCUUACUCAAAGCUGGUCCGUCUGACACCCCAGCAGAUUGCUAUCUUAAACAACAUUAAGAUCAAACCCAUCGACUCGAAAGAUCCAUUUUGGAUGUACAAAGGAGGGUUUUACGAAAAGAUGAAUGAGACGGAAGCCUUACUGAUCCUCGAAAUUCAGCCCGAUGAAAUACUUCAUCUUACCCAUGAUAUUGUCAAGAAACGGCAUCGGAAAAUGAUGCUUCUUAAUCAUCCCGAUAAAGGCGGCUCGGAGUAUCUAGCACUGAAAAUCAACCGCGCCAAGGAAGUGCUGGAGCAAAGCUACAUGUUUACCAAUUCCAAAGACUAG